GGGACCAACUUGACAGCAGCCUCUCCUUUUCAGCCAGUCCCCGGCCUCUUCCCCCGAAUGCCUGUGUGUCUACAGCCGCUGGAGAGAGGUGCUUCUCCCGCAGCCCGCAGGGGCCACGGGGCUCCCGAGCACUAGGGAGGAGACGCACCAGCCAUGUGCCCCUGCGGGAAUCUGCCCGGGAGCCGGGGGCCUGGGGUCCUCUCUCUCCUGCUGCUCCGGAGGCAGAGGUGAGCACCGGGCGGCCGGCUCCACGCCGAGGUGCCGGGAACCCCGCCUGUCAUGGUGGCCGUCUGCAGCCAGCCUGAGGCACUCCCAGACGGGCUUGCAGCUGAGCCUGUUUAUCUGGUGUGGGAAGAAGAUGGGGAGUUACUUGUCUGUCCCGGCUUACUUCACCUCCAGAGACCCCUUUAGGUGUUCAGAAUGCCAGGAAUCCCUCACCAACUGGUACUACGAGAAGGAUGGGAAGCUCUACUGUCACAAAGACUACUGGGCCAAGUUUGGAGAAUUCUGCCAUGGGUGCUCCCUGCUGAUGACAGGGCCGGCCAUGGUGGCUGGGGAGUUUAAAUACCAUCCAGAGUGCUUUGCCUGCAUGAGCUGCAAGGUGAUCAUUGAGGAUGGGGAUGCGUAUGCCCUGGUGCAGCAUGCCACACUCUACUGUGGGAAGUGCCACAAUGAGGUGGUGCUGGCACCCAUGUUUGAAAGGCUGUCUACGGAGUCUGUCCAGGACCAGCUGCCCUAUUCUGUCACACUCAUCUCCAUGCCGGCCGCCACCGAGGCCACCACCGAGUGCAGACGUGGCUUCUCCGUGUCCGUGGAAAGUGCCUCUUCUAACUAUGCCACCACCGUGCAAGUGAAAGAGGUCAACCGGAUGCACAUCAGUCCCAACAACCGCAAUGCCAUCCACCCUGGGGACCGCAUCCUGGAGAUCAAUGGGACCCCUGUCCGCACUCUCCGAGUAGAAGAGGUGGAGGAUGCGAUUAACCAGACAAGCCAGACACUUCAGCUGCUGAUCGAACAUGACCCUGUCCCCCAGCGCCUGGACCAGCUGCGGCUAGAUACCCGGCUUUCUUCCCACAUGCAGAGUACUGGACACUCUCACACACUCAGCACCCUGGACAGCAAGGAGAAUCAGGAGGGGACACUGAGGAGACGUUCUCUGAGGCGCAGUAACAGCAUCUCCAAGUCUCCUGGCCCCAGCUCCCCCAAGGAGCCGCUGCUCCUCAGCCGUGACAUCAGUCGCUCGGAAUCCCUACGCUGCUCCAGCAGCUACUCACAGCAGAUCUUCCGGCCCUGUGACCUGAUCCACGGGGAGGUCCUGGGGAAGGGCUUCUUUGGGCAGGCCAUCAAGGUGACUCACAAAGCCACUGGCAAAGUGAUGGUCAUGAAGGAGUUAAUCCGCUGCGAUGAGGAAACACAGAAGACUUUCCUGACUGAGGUGAAAGUGAUGCGAAGCCUAGACCACCCUAAUGUGCUCAAGUUCAUCGGUGUUCUGUACAAGGACAAGAAGCUGAAUCUGCUGACAGAGUACAUUGAGGGGGGCACACUGAAGGACUUCCUGCGCAAUGUGGACCCGUUCCCCUGGCAACAGAAGGUCAGGUUUGCCAAAGGCAUCUCUUCUGGAAUGGCAUAUUUGCACUCCAUGUGCAUCAUCCACCGCGACCUGAACUCACACAACUGUCUUAUCAAGUUGGACAAGACUGUGGUGGUAGCAGACUUCGGACUGUCACGUCUUAUCGUGGAAGAGAGGAAAAGGCCCCCAGUAGAGAAGGCCACCACCAAGAAACGCACCUUACGAAAGAGUGACCGCAAGAAGCGCUACACUGUGGUGGGAAACCCCUACUGGAUGGCCCCUGAGAUGCUGAAUGGCAAGAGCUACGACGAGACAGUGGAUGUCUUCUCUUUUGGGAUCGUUCUCUGUGAGAUCAUCGGGCAGGUGUAUGCUGAUCCUGAUUGCCUGCCCCGCACACUGGACUUCGGCCUCAAUGUAAAGCUUUUCUGGGAGAAGUUUGUCCCAACAGACUGCCCCCCAGCCUUCUUCCCCCUGGCUGCUAUCUGCUGCAAACUGGAGCCUGAGAGCAGACCGGCCUUCUCAAAGCUGGAGGACUCCUUUGAGGCACUGUCUCUGUACUUGGGAGAGCUGGCCAUCCCACUGCCAGCAGAGCUGGAAGAACUGGACCACACUGUGAGCGUGGAGUAUGGCCUGACCCGGGACUCGCCACCCUAGCCCUGGUCCAUCCCCCUGCAGGGGGACAUUCCACGGCCAGCAUUGCCCCCUCUGCGCCCUGUCCUUGCUAUGAGCAGGACUGUCUAGGCUUCCUGUGGAUUGACGGCUUGCUUAGAAGCAGAAUAAGCCAUCCCUACCUACCUCCCCAGGAGGCGUGCGGGUGCAGGGAACCAGUUCUCCACGGUGCUGGGGCCUGUUACUGUGUAAAUCCGACACUCGCCUGAAAGCUGUGAAGAAGAUAAAGGAGCCUGGGUUCUAGACCAGGAGUCUGUUACUAGGAACCACUUGGGACCUUUGUGGCAGUGAGAUUCUGGGAGGCUGUAGCUUUACACUAAUCAACAUGGCCUGGGCCUGCUGGGCAGGAUGACAGAAUGAACUGGCCUGAGGGCCCUGGAGUCUCUGGUCCAGUGCGGUGCAGGACUCCAAGCGGUAGUAACAGAACUGGGAGCUUCAAAGCAUGUGGAAUGACAGUAGUGAUUUCUCCUCCCACUCCAGGCCCUGCCCUCUGGAGCAGGUUCUGAAGAGUCUCUUAGUAUGUGGUGAAACCCACAGGAUCCAGAAAAAAGACUGGUUUCUGCUCACCAGCCCAGGGCCCACAUCAGUGUGUGGGAGUUUCCACUUCAACACCCUGUUUCAACAAGCAGUCCCUCACACAAGCCACGAGAAGCUGGGGCUGGAAAGAAAGCGGUCCUGCCCUUUACAAAGCCCCAUUCCUGGCUGCUGGGAUCAGUCAAAAGCUCAAGACAUUGUCUGAUGCUAGAUGGGUUCUGGAGGCCAGUGUGGUCUGUCUCAGACUCUGGGUCUCAGCAGAGAAAGGGGAGUCCCAUUGAUUCCUUGGCAUCCUUGUGGCAGCUACUGCACAUCUCUAGCAUGUCUGGUCCAGGCAGCAACUUGGGACAGGAAUUGUUGGCUGUUGAGUCCCAAAGCUGAGAUACGAAGAGAGCUCCCUGAGCUGGGCCCUCUUGAUUCUACCUCCCUUGUUGCUGGUCCAGCUCUUACUUCCUGAGCCACACUCCAGGGCCAUGGGCAUUGGAACCCCUCAGGGCACCUUCCACCCCUGGCUGCCAGGUGUCCUGGGACUCUCCAGCUCACCAAGGUUCGCCAUCUCCUAAGUGCGAGCUCACACCGUAUUUAACAAAUUGGGAAUGGGUUUGGUUAUAAAUACAAUGUAUGGUGGGUUGUACCGGUGGGGGGAUCGGGAGAGUGAUUGCUGUUACUAGCUUUUAUCUAUUGGGUGAUAUGUGAAAUACUGUAUAUAGACAAGAUGAAUUGUGGGGUGGGAAGUCAUCUUUGGCCACUUUCCUUGCUAUGUAGACUGUACUUGUGUGUGGAGUUUGCAAACUUGCUGUAGGGGAAUCCUGAACUUCCGGCAUGGUUCAGCAUCCUGUGACUGGUUAUGCUUGAGCUGUCCCCAGCAAGUGUGGGAGUGGUGGGCCUGCCGGGCCAUGAAGCAGACUAAAUAAAUUAAGCAGUUAACAUAGUGAUGACA